AUGCCAUUCACGUCGCGAUGGUUCAAAUACACUCCACCAGAAAGCGUUGACCACCGCCAGAGUCCACCAAAGGAUGUGGUGGUAACGGGAACACCUGCUCCGGCUCGAGGGUCGGAUCAACUUGAUGUUCAGGAGCUGAACCGUGUAACGGAGCACUUGCGAGAUGAUCUGGCUCGUGAACGGACUCGGCGUUAUGGACUCCAUGAUCUUGUAAAGGAUAAUUACAAUUCCCUAACGCACGAUCGUUUGGAUGAUCGUGCUGCGUUUGCGUUCGCACAACUUGAGAACGAACGUUCGACUCGUUCUCGUCGUGACGAGCUGUCUGUAGCUCGUCGAGACAUCGCUGAACUGCGUGAGCAGGUUGCUUCGCUAGUCGACCAGACUGGCUCGUCGAAACGGGAACACUCGAAGGUGGUCUCGGCUCUCGACCGCGGAGGUGUUCUCCGCCUCUCAAAACUGCCUCGUUCUGAUAGUACGGGUAAGGACGUCCAACGUAAAACGUAG